UAGCUCUGUAAAGCCACAGUGUGUGUUUGGUUUGGUGCAGACAGGAUGAAGGGUAGGCUGAUAGGAUCGUGAGCUGGUACCAGUGCGUUCUUACAAGCGAACAGCGAGAAGCAAGAAGAAACUGGCUUCUGACCGUCCAAACUCAAACUAGACUGUCUCACCCAUUCUUCAAAUAAUAUAGCCCUGCGUCUGGUUCUGACAGAGAGGAAUGUGUUUCUGGACUUGUGCACAAUUGAAUGGAGACAGCUGAUGCAAUCCUAGAGUCUGGACGCGACCCUCUUUGCUUGUGCCGUGAGAAGAACUCUGGGCGUCCGUUGCCAUGGGGAUGGUGAGGCUCCAGAACCCCCAGCAUUCCACCUGCCUGCUGCGGCGAGCCAACGAGAUGCGUCUGUCCGGCACUCUGUGCGACGCCGUCAUCGUGGUGGAGAGCCGAGCCUUCCAGGCACACAGCUUAGUCCUGGCCUGUACCAGCAAGCGCCUGGAGGCCCUUCUGAAGGAUCAGGGCCACCGCUGCACCUUAGACUUUCUCUCCUGGAGGACCUUCCAGCAGAUCCUGGACUAUGCCUACACGGAAGCCCUGGAGGCCCGUGUGGAAGAUCUCCAGAGCCUCCUGGAGGCUGCAGAGCAGCUGCAGAUGGAGCAGCUGGGCAGGCAGUGCCUCUUUCUCCUGGCCACCCAGAAGACUCCCGAGCCCCCCUUGCCCUCUGAGCCUUGCUUGCUGAGGAUUCGGGAGGCAGCCAGGAAAGAGGAGGAGUCUCUCUCCCCACCAGUGACUCCCCCGGAGACCAGCCCCAGGAGAUCUCCGAUCGACGGCCAAGCCCCCUUCCCUUCCACCCUCCGCCAGGAACCCGGAACCUCAGGAACUCAGCCCAGGAGACCCCAGAGCAAUCGACGGUCAAGCAUGGAGGAGGAGCCUCAUUCAACCUCCAAAGACAGACAGUUGAUGCCUCCCCGGGGCAGCGUCAUUGCCACGGCUCACCGAGUUCUCACGGACUCCAAAAACACGAACCCCUGGACUACCCACGGCAUGGCUUUGUCCAAUGGGGAGCUGGUGGCCAUCAGUUCCCACCCUUCUCUCUACCCGGCUCACCUGCUCAGCUACCAGGUGCAAGGCUUGCCCAGGGCAGCUCCUCCCAUGUUCCCCAUGAUCGCGCACUCCCAGCUGAGGAUCGGCGCUCCGGCAGGGGGGUUCAGCAGCUUCAGCCCCUUCAGGAAUGGCUUCCUCCAGAGUGGGCGGGAGCCCGGUGCAGCGGAGAGCAUCCUGGACAAGAGAUCUGGUGUCGGUGCAGCUUUACUGGGGAGCAUUCAAGAGGAGCAAGAGAGGAAGCACAGGAGCCUCGGGAAGAUGUACAGCUGUGAGCUCUGUGGGACGGAAUUCCAGGACAAGCUCCGGUUGCAAAUGCACGCGGAGAUCCACUCCGGUUCUGACGGCCCCCAGUUCUGCCCGCUGUGCAGGAAGCGGUUUGACAGCCAGGGGGCGCUCACAGAACACCACACCAACGGCUGGAGCUACUGCUGCAAGGAGUGCGGGAAGACUUUCACCAGCCACAGCGCCCUCCGGAGGCACCAGCGCGCACACACAGGAGAAGCAGGGUUCGAGUGUGAGUUCUGCCGUCGCUGUUUCCGUGAUGACAGCUCCUUGAAGAAUCACAAGCGGAGCCACACUGGAGAGAAGCCCUACCAGUGCAGUAGCUGUGCCAAGAAAUUCAGCCUGAAGCACCAGCUGGAGACGCACACGCGAGUGCACACGGGUGAGAAGCCGUUCCAGUGCAAGGUGUGUCACCAGCGCUCUCGGGACUACUCGGCGAUGAUCAAGCACCUGCGGACUCACAACGGGGCCGCGCCCUACCAGUGCACCGUCUGCCUGGAAUACUGCUCCAGCCUGUCCGCCAUGCAGAAACACGUCAAAGCGCACUCGCCGGAGGACAUCCCCCCGGACUGGAGCAUCGACAAGACUUACCUGUACUCCUGCAGCGGCUGAGCGCAGAGCCCGCCGCAUCGCGUCCCGCAGAAAGACCGUCUCUGCCCCAUUGUCACUGAACGUAUUGCUCGGUUUCCCGUUCCUCAGGUU